AUGGUUCGAGGAAGAAUUUCGUCCAUACAAGUGAGAAUUGCCCGGCCUUUGCGCUCGCUGGAUCGAGUGCAAUGCCGGGCUCAUUCCUCGCUCGCCGAGCGCCUCCAGCAUGAGCUGACUACGCGCAAGCUCCCAUUGAUGUACGACUACUUAUAUCCUCAGCCGUCGCACAUGCUAAAUCUGACGCUAUGCGACCUUUUACCACAAUCACCUGAUGGCCGCGAUGUACAAACGAGACUACCCUCGGUCACGACACCGUCCCCGCUACCAAUCGCCCACCAUUUGAUCUACUUCCCUCCUCAGGUUACUUUGUCGCAGUUAUUACCAGAUGGCACGGACGUGCUUCAUACACCAGGAAGCCCUUUCAAUCGGAGACUCUGGGCAGGAGGGAAUCUCCGAUUCCCAGCCGGAGCCCCUCUUCUAGAUGGAAGUCGGGCAGUCUGCAUCGAGUCCAUGCGCAAUGUGACUGUCAAGGGACGGGAAGGGGAAGAGAAAGUCAUUGUCACAAUUGAGCGACGCAUUGGGGCGGUGCCGGAGGGAGAGCCAGAAGCUCAAACCUGGAAUCGCAUAUGGACGGACAACGACGCGGACGCGGGGCAGUCAUCGGUCAUUGAGAACCGGGACUUGAUAUUCAUGCGAUGCAAGACCGCGGAGCAGAUACAGAUGGACAGAGGGCACUUUAGCAAACCAGGUCGAAAUGUUAAAGCUCCCUCGGACGCCACUUUCCGCCACUCUAUUCUGCCGACUAAAUCUUUACUGUUCCGAUUUUCAGCACUGACAUUCAAUGCUCACUUGAUCCAUCUGGAUCAGGAUUACACGCAGAACCAGGAGGGGUAUAAGAACCUUCUCGUACAUGGCCCGUUGACUCUGACUCUACUUCUGAGUGUGCUACAGCAUAAUCUUAACAGUAAAGGUCUCCGUGUGGACAGAUUUGACUACAAGAAUCUCGCGCCUCUUUUCGUGGAGGAGGAAUUGACAGUCUGUGGUAAACCUAAGAAUCACGGCAGCGCCUGGGACGUAUGGAUUGAAGGUCCUGAUGGUGGCCUGGCUGUUCGGGGAACUGCGAAGACUUGUAAAUAG